CACUGCCUCCUCCCGUUUCGAUUUGUCAAACCUGUUGGGAUCAAGCUCGCGCUUUUUGGUAGCUUUCCCGAAUCCAGCAAUGCCCAUAGCAGAAAACACGUCCAUGUCGGUCAUUUCGCACAGAGCUGGUAGUCGGUGUUGAUCUGUAUAAGUAGAGCCUGGUUUAUGCGCGUGGAGCCGCGCAAAGAUUGCAGCCACAACCUAAAUUACUCUUACAAACAGCCUGAAAUGGAAACAUCGCCUAACAAGUCUUGUGGCAUUUUAUGAACUAUGCUUAAAAGGCAGCGUCCCCCAACGCCCCCACCGUCGUUGGACGAAAUCCCAUCGUUGACGCCAUGUCCCGAUAGACCUAUCAGACCCCUACCACACCGUGAACCUCUGGACCUGUCUUCACAUGAGUCGCGUGCUAAAAGACGCAGAAUACACCCUCCAGUGCUAGACGGUGCACAGAGAGGCUGGGGAAAACCACAUGUUUCGUCAACCCCCGUCGUAGAUGACAGCGAUGGCGAAGAAGAUUGGAUAGAUGGGGAGGAUGACGCGGCAGCCGCUCACGCCCACCCUCACUUCGUCACAUCAACGGAUUACAAGCGCACCAACACUAUCCUACAAGAAGUGCAUGCUCUACACCAGCACAGGCUCAUGUUCUCCCAACCGAAUUCACAAUCGUCGCCACACCUACAUCUGCCUUCACACCCGGGCUUCUCAGAACCUCCAUCAUCCAUGGCCACCCAUCCACACCAAUUUUUGCAAUCUACUCAUGGACUUUGCUAUCCUUCUUUUUCCUCCAAUGGAAAGUUAUCGAUACCAGCACUGCCUGAAUGCCCUCUGCCUGAAUUCUAUUCCCAUCUUGCACAUGCGGCCCCGGCUUCUACUGAAUCGGCUGCGCACAACCCAUUGGAUUUUCACGAAGUCAAAUGUGUACGAGAACGGUAUGAGGAUACUAAUAAAUUAUUGGGAUCAUUAUUCCUCUCGCGAAGAAGGGAACUCCAGGAUGGUAAUUUCAGUACUCCUCUCAUCGCGGAGGAAGGACGCAGUGACCACCGGAACUUACCAUGAGAUUGAACGUUCAGAUCAGGUGCUGUGGACAUAGACCUACCAUAGACCCGUCGUGAUCGGCACUCUUGAUCCCAUCAUCGUUCAGUCCGUUAUCACAGACGCCUUUUUCAUGAAUAUUGCUCGCUUAGCAUCCUACUUUAUUUGGCAUAUUCGCAUCCUUCCAUAUAUUCGCAUCCUUGGCAUAUUGUUUUUACAACACCAUCACAUACUGUACUACUGUG